AUGGAUCCGAGCGGUUUGAGAGAUCUUGGCGCUGUUGGUGACAUCGAGAGCGGCAUUGCCGCCGGCCAUGAGCUGGUGGCUGUCGGCGACGGCGAGGCGGCCUCCGCCGACGCGUCCUUUGCCUGUCCUGAAGAAAGCGUUGCUCUCGCGGCAAAGAAGGUAGAGCCAAAGAAGGUCUUCCAGAAGCCCCCGAAGCCGCCACGCCCCCCCAUGAAGCCGUACUUGGAUGCGGCCGACCGGAGACUGAUCCGGGAGAUGUCUGAGCUCGCCAUGCUGAAGCGGACGAGGACAGAGCGGCUGAAGAGCUCGAGGAAGAUGAAGAACUCUAGGCCUUCGUCUUCGAACAACAGCAGCCUCUGCGCCCUAUUCGUUACCCUCCUCUUCUGCCUGGUUAUAGUCUGGGAAGGUACAUAA